AUGUGUGGGGCAUCAGUAACACUUCUCAGCGCCUCCCCGGCAUCAGACGCAGGAAACGCAACGCAGAAGGUGGUCGAAUCAUUCUUCAAAAGCAUCGGAUGCACCAUAUUCAUCGCCGAGUCCCAGAUGGAAGUCGCCUCGGUGAUAUGCCAUGGUUCGCCAGCAUUCAUGGCGCUCUUCUGCGAUGCCAUCGUCGACGGCGCCGUCGCGGGCGGGCUCCCCCGUCCCCAGGCGGAGGCCAUGGCCGCGCUCGCGGUGCCGAGCUUUUUGAACUUGCUGCGUAAGGGCAAGGGCUGGAAAAGGCCGUCGGAAGUACGGGAGACGAUAUGUGCGUACCCGGGUCCUACCACGAUUGGAGCAAUUCUGGAUUUGGAGAAGGGAGGCAUCAGGGGGUCGAUCUCCGGGGCUGUUCGGGACGCCAUGCUUGCUGCUCGGCUCACGGAGAAGGAUGGUGGCUGA